AUGGAUCAUUUCGCAGCAGCUGAAGAACAAUUAGCUUCUCAGAGACUUAGGAAAAAACUUGAGGAAGUGAAUGUAGCUGCUCAAACUCAGCUUGCCCCUGUUCAAGACCAUGUCAACUACACUCUUCAGAAAGCCUAUUUUAAAUGUGCAUAUGAGUGCUUUGAUAGAAGCAGAAGGCAGGAGGAGAUAAGCCAUUGUGUUGGAAAUUGCAGUAUUCCUAUUACUAAUGUGCAACAAACGUUUGAUAAUGAAAUGGCAAAGUUUCAGGAGAAGUUGAAUAGAUCUUUGAUGGUUUGUCAAGAUAAGUACGACGGAGCUAAGCUCCAGCAGAAAACUGGAGCUAUGAAUGUCAUGGUUUCCUGUGCUGACGAUGCAAUUCAAGACAGCAUUAAGAUGCUGCCACUUCUGACUAACAAGUUGAAGACUUCUGCUUCAUCACAGACAACACAUACACAAAAGAGCAGGAGAUUUCUUCGAGCGGCACAAGCUUGUUACAAGAGACAAAAGCUAACGAGAUUGAAGGGAUGGAUGUCUACAAAUUCCUUCACAUGGUCAAAGGCAGUUAAAAAUCAAUGCUCCAUUUAA